UGAAUUCAGCUGCAAGUAUGUGAAUAUUCCUUUGAAAUUGACAAUGGACAUUUUUGUCACCGUAUUGACUUAUUUGUGAAUUAACAAUGAAAUGUACAAUGAAAUGUAACAAAUUUUACAUUCAUAACAAUGGUAUGCAAUGGUAUGAUCAAACAUAACUCACAAAUUAUCAUGUAUAUAGUAUAUAUAUAUAUAUACAUCACACUAUGCCUAUGACUAUGUAUCGUGCAGACCUGAUAAUUCACUUGUUUUAAUUUUGUUUACCCAAAUUUAUUGUAUAAUGGAUACACCAAUUAAAACUGUAUCCAAUAGCAAGUGCUGUUUGUUGUGUGGUGACACUGAAAAGAGACUCCAUUGCCUUACCAAACAUAAAUCUUCAAAUGAAGGAUAUAUUCAAUCAAUCGAAACAGCAUUAGAUAAUAAAUUGGAUUCAAGUCUGCUUGAAUUUAUGUUUAUUUGUGAGAAAUGUGCUAAUGCAUGUAAACAUUUUAAUAAUUUUAGAGACCGAGCUAAAAAACAUUUAGAUUGUUUUGUAUCAAACCUAAGUAACCGUAGAACAAAAAGGAUGCCUAAAACACCUCCUUCUUCCAUGAAAAUCAGUACUGCUGAUCAAAUUGAAAAAUCCGUAGAAAAACUGAGAAAUUUAAAUUUAUGUGAAAAAGAAACCAGUGCUAGGGUAGCCAAAAAAUCUAGACAGCAACUAAAUUUUAGUACAGAGUUAGAGCAUGCAUAUUCUCAACAAAAUGUCAUCAAAAUGCAACAUGAGGAAGAAGAUCAAGUGCUAUUAAAUGAUCAUGAAUAUUCAAUUCCAAACAAAGCUCUUGAAACCAGCGAAAAAGUGUCAGAAGAUUUUAUUAAGGAAGCUGUGUCAAUAAAUACAUCUAUCAAUUCUUACAACAGUCAUGACAGUCUCGAUAAGCAGCUUUUGUCUGUAUGUAAGCUUGGCAAAAGUGUGUUGUUUAAAUCCAGUGCUAAAGACCUAAGUGAAAGAAAUUGGUUUCUAGAUAUAGGAAGAGAAAUGCUACAACACUGUCCAGAAUUUCUGUCAUUACUUCUUUCAGCAAUAGGUGACAAAAUCACAGCUGAAUCAAAACUAGCAACAGUUUGCACCAUAUAUGGUAUGUUGAUGCACUGCAGGAAUACACGAGCUAGUGCUAUCCAGAAACUUUACACUUCCUUUUGUAUCAGAUAUCAUACAGACAACAAGGUUUGUCAGAAGGCAAAAUUGAUUUCGUGUUUGUUUGUUUUUUUAUUUUGUUUUUUUUCCUAUAAAUUCAAAGAACCAGAUAUCAAGCUGUUUUGGAACAUAUUCAAACUCAUUUUUCUGAAAACCACCAACAUGACCAACUUUUUCUGUAAACAUUCGAGCUAAAAUUGUGGAUUGUCCCAAUGCCUCUAGAAAAUACAUGA